UCGGGGCGGUCUUGGGGAAAACACACGUGUUACACGCUCGCGAGAAUGGAAACAACACAACUCCUAGGGGAAGUUUCCCUCGAUCGAGCAAGAGUGACGUGAAAAUAAAAGCGCGGAGAGAGGGAAGAAUGGAAACAAAUGUAUAUUUCAAACCUCAAUAUCAAAAAAAGAGAGGUAUUUUACGAAAAUGUGCGAUUACAUACUUCGAAGUGCUGUGCGGUGAUUAUAACGGAAAUGAAAAAUAUAUGAAAUAUACACGAUGACUGAAAGUACAUUGGCUCUGUUUAAGUUCCGUUAAUCAGUUCAAUUGAAUAACGCAUUAAUACGUCCGAGGGGGUCAUCGUUUGGGGUUAAUCGCGAUGUCUACGCCAGACAUGAUGAACACAAUCGACGAGGCUGAGAAUGCUUGGCACGAGAUGUUGGAGUGUGAAGCGGGAUCGCUUUUGGGUCGUGUCGCCGACUUGGAGAAGCAGUCUUUGGCUCAAAGAGACGAGAUUGUCUGUCUUCGAGCGACUUUGGCGGAUGCUCUCAGGCGAAUCGCUCAAUUGGAGGGUCGUGAGAAGCGGGAGGAUGACAGAAAUGAAAGGAGAAACGAGAGAGGUCUCUCUUCGCCCUUGAGGAACGGACACGUUCCAUUUAGAAGUAACCAAAAUUCAGUUCCUUUGAAGGACAUAAGACUGCGACAAACGGCUUCACUUGGUUUGAGAAGUUCACCAUCGUCUGGAUCUGCUCACGACGUUAGAGACGCAAAUUCAAGUCCUCGACGACCUGGAAAUUAUACCUCACCAUCCCAACUUCCUCAGAGAAGAUCCGUCCACUAUCAAUCAACAAAUUCUCUACACUCUGACAGUCCGAGCAGUAGUAGCGUAUCUCCGGUGCCAUCACCCAGUCCUAGGGCUACGCCACUUCCUGCAGCAAGCAGAUCACCAAUAACAAGAACAAAUGGACCACCGCCUAGUAGUUUAAGAAGAGCAAAGAGAUGGUCAUCAACGGGCGAUUUUACCCACUCCCCUCAAUGUCCCGGAAAUAACAGUCAACUUGCCAGUUCUAGAUUGUCUGCCUCCACCAAAUCAUUGUUCAACCUCUUCAAGCCACCGGUGCCAAACAGCGUGAAACACGGCACUAGAGACAUGCAGUACAACGAGGAUGAAGGUACAGUGCGAAUAUACCUUCGAGGACGGCCAAUUGUCCUUUAUGUGCCUACUCCAUUGGCGGAUACCUACGAUCCCCAUAAGGUUAAUACACCACCUCAGAGCAAAUUGAAAUUAGACUGGGUCUACGGAUACAGAGGCAGAGACUGUAGAAAUAAUUUACAUCUCCUUCCAACGGGAGAAAUUGUCUAUUUUGUCGCCGGCGUUGUUGUUCUUUACAAUAUGGAGGUACACAGUCAAAGACAUUACAUUGGUCACACUGACGAUGUCAAGUGCAUGGCCAUACACCCUAAUAAAUUAGUUGUCGCCACUGGUCAAGUUGCUGGUGUCGAUCGAAACGCCAUGCCACACAUUAGGAUAUGGAAUUCAGUGAGUUUAACAACACUCUCAGUAAUCGGAAGCGGUGAAUUCGAUGGAUCAAUUUGCUGUCUCUCAUUCUCGAAAGCAGACGGGGGGAAUUUUUUGUGCGCCAUUGAUGAGACAGCGGAUCACAAUAUUUCCAUCUGGGACUGGCAGAAGGGUGAACGUGGUGUCAAAGUCACCGAGACGAAGUGUUCGGUUGAUACGGUGGUGUGCGCCGAAUGGCAUCCGCUGGAACGAAAUCAGAUUGUUUCGUGUGGCAAAGGACACGUUUCGUUUUGGUCCUUGGACAAUGGCGGUAUGCUUUACAAGAAAAUGGGUGUUUUCGAGAGUCGCGAGAAGCCAAGAUACGUGACUUGCGUUGCCUUCAAUCAAAAUGGUGAUGUCCUCACUGGCGACAGUAAUGGGAACAUUAUUGUUUGGGCGAGAGGAACAAAUACAAUUGCAAGGCUGGUGAAAAAUGUUCACGAGGGAUCGAUAUUUUCCAUGUGCGUUUUAAAGGACGGAAAUAUUGUCACGGGUGGUGGCAAAGAUGGAAUGCUUUAUCAUUUGGACGGGUCCUUGAAUAAAACUGGACAAAGUGCACAGAUCGAGGAUCAUUUUGGCGGAAUUCGCACAGUGAACGAGGGCAGGGGUUCUCAAUAUUUAGUGGGCACUACGAGAAAUUGCAUUUUGGUCGGCGAUAUGGAAAUGGAAUUUCAUCCAACUGUUUUGGGACACGCCGACGAGGUAUGGGGUUUGGCGUCGCAUCCAACUUUACCACAAUUUGCAACUGCAGCUCACGAUCGCUUAUUACAAAUGUGGGACAGUCUCAGUCACACUGUCGUUUGGAGCAAGGACAUCGGGGAACAAGCGCAGAGCGUUUGCUUUUCGCCAGACGGAAAUAUAUUGGUUGUCGGUUGCACGAAUGGAAAAUGGCUAGUGAUUGAUAGUGAGACAAGAGAAUUAUACAGUCAUCAUUCAGACGGUUCUGAGCCAAUUCAGAUAAUGAAAUUUUCACCUGACGGUUCAUUACUUGCUAUUGGUUCUCGGGAUAAUCAUAUUUACAUUUAUCAAGUGAGCGAGGAUGCGAUAAAAUACAGUCGAGUUGGACGUUGCAUGCCAAAGCGGAUUCGAAGACGCGGAGGACAUUCCAGUUUUAUAACUCAUUUAGACUGGUCGGCAGAUGGAAAUUAUCUUCGAAGUAAUAGCGGGGAUUACGAAUUACUUUACUGGAAUCCGGGAGUUUGCCGACAAAUUCCUCAAUCGUCAACUUUAAGGGAUGUCGAUUGGUCAACACAGAAUUGUGUUAUUUCUUUUGAAACAAUCGGUAUUUGGCCAGAUGGUGCAGACGGCACUGAUGUUAAUAAUUGUUCACGCAGCGGAGAUGGCAAGUUACUUGCCACUGGUGAUGAUUUUGGUAAAGUCAAGCUCUUCUCUUAUCCGGUUUGCCAACCAAAGUCACUCCACCAUUCUUAUGGAGGUCACUCGAGUCACGUGACAAAUGUCGCCUUUCUGCAGGAUGAUACCCGGCUUGCAUCAAUUGGAGGUGGUGAUACCAGCGUUUUACAGUGGGUUGUAAAUUAGAUUCGUUAAAAAAAAGAAGAGGAAGAAGAAGAAGAAGAAGAAUGACGGAAAUGACAUCACCGGAACUUUACGAUAACACUUCUUUUUUUUCUCCAAACUAAUCGAUAGAUGAAAAAUGGAGAAAGCGAAACGCGAAAUCACUUUCUUUCAACAUCAACAGGACGACGACUUUCGGUUUUGAACAGUGUUUCUCAACCGUCAUUUGUCCUCAUGAAGAAUGCAAUUUCGCUUUUUACAAAUAAGCAUAAUAUACGUUCGAUUGUAAAUAGAAAAAAAAAGAAUUUUUACUUCAGUUCAAUAACGUUUAGAAAACUUAGUAACGAACUCGAUAUUUGUAAGACAUAUUGAGUUGUUUAUUUCUCUAUUCAAUUUUUUUUUGUAAUUCAAACAAAGUUUGAAGGAACGAAAAAAUUUCUACGAAAAAAAUUAUUUACAAAAUGUUUUACAAAAAACGGUUUCAAAAUGAAUUUUUAGUAAAAUAGUAUUUUCACUUCGUUUUAAUUUUUUUCAAAAACGAAUUUGUCAAAUUAAAUAGUCAAAUUUUUACUAGAUUCUAUUUUCUUCUAAACUAAUUUACCAAAAUGGUAAAUUAUUAGUAUUUUCACUAUAGGUUAAAACUUAUAGUAAAAAUAACUUUUCGUUAAGUUAAUUUUUAAAAAAAUAAAUUUUUUCAUAAAUGAACUUAAAAAAAUUAUUUUCACUUAGAUUUUUUUUCCAAAUGAAUUUAUCAAAAUAGUCUUUUAAUUUUUAUUUAGUUUUUAUUUUUUCUUUCUCAAUUUUUAUUAUUUCGAAUAAAAAAAAGUGAAAAAAGUUUGACUUAGUCAUUCAACGAAAACUUCUACAAGAUUGCUACUAAAGAAAAAAAAUAAUAACUCAGACUUAAACUAAAUAAAAAUAAUUACCUCUCAAGGAACGAAAAUACUAUUUUUAGACAAAUUUUUAUGCACAAAGGAAGCAGUAAGCAGGAUUAAAAGAAAUUUCUGGUCGAUAUUUUAUAAUUAAAAUUCAGCAACUGUAAAAAUUUACAUCUAAAAUUGUCAAAUUGUGAAUCAAUUGUAAAAAUUAAAAAGAAAAAUUUAUGCCUUGA